AUGGAUGAAGGUGUAGAAAUUUCAAGUGAUGGAAAUUCUCUGAUCAAAGCAGUCCAUCAGAGCCGGCUUCGCCUCACAAGACUCUUGCUAGAAGGAGGCGCCUACAUCAAUGAGAGUAAUGACCGUGGGGAAACGCCCUUGAUGAUCGCUUGUAAGACCAAACAUGUUGACCCCCAGAGCGUCAGUAAAGCCAAAAUGGUUAAAUACCUGUUAGAAAACAAUGCCGAUCCCAACAUACAGGACAAAUCUGGGAAAACCGCUUUGAUGCAUGCUUGCUUAGAAAAAGCUGGUCCUGAAGUUGUUUCCUUGCUCCUGCAGAGUGGGGCUGACCUCAGCUUGCAAGACCAUUCUAGCUACUCGGCCCUCGUCUACGCUCUCAAUUCAGAAGAUAGAGAAACGCUGAAAGUUCUACUUAGUGCUUGCAAGGCCAAGGGAAAAGAGGUCAUUAUCAUAACAACAGCGAAAUCGCCCUCUGGCAGGCACACUACCCAACAGUACUUAAAUGUGCCUCCUUCGGAUAUAGAUGGGUGUCAUUCUCCGUCCACCUGUGCCACUCCUUCAGAAAUAGACUUAAAAACGGCCUCAUUGCCAUUUUCACAUUCUUCUGAAACGGAAAUGACUCUUUUUGGCUUUAAAGAUCUGGACCCUUCAGGAAGCUGCGAGGACACCUGGGACCCAGGCUCCCCUGUCAGGAAGCCUGCUGUGGCCCUUAAUGGGCCCAAGCCACCCCAGGGUCCACCCUGGAUCAAAAGCACGCCCUCAUUAAUGCACCAGAAGAGAGUGGCCUCUUUGCAAGAGGAGCUCCAGGAUAUUACUCCAGAGGAAGAAUUAUCCUACAAAACCAAUGGGCUGGCACUUUCCAAGCGAUUCAUCACUAGGCACCAAAGUAUUGACAUAAAAGACACCGCACAUUUGCUAAGAGCCUUUGAUCAGUCCAGCUCAAGAAAGACACCAUAUGAUGAAAUAAAUUAUCAAUCGUUUUCUUCAGAAGGAAAUCAGCAAUGCGUUGAAAUCCCUGUUGACCAGGACCCAGACUCUAACCAGACAAUAUUUGCUUCCACCUUGAAAAGUAUAGUUCAGAAAAGAAACUCAGGGGCAAAUCACUACAGCUCUGAUUCCCAGCUCUCAGCUGGUCUAAUCCCUACAAAUUUAGAAGAGGGCAAAGCAACCCUUACAGGAAAGAAAAAGAUCCUCUCACCAUCUCCAUCCCUGUUGACAGGGUCCAAAGAAUUGCUGGAGAAUAUCCCCCCAGGUCCCCUGAGCAGGAGGAAUCAUGCAGUUUUAGAAAGGCGCGGUUCUGGAGCUUUCCCUGUAGAUCACAAUACUACCCAAACCAGACCGGGAUUUCUGCCACCCUUAAAUGUGAACCCUCACCCCCCCAUCCCAGAUCUCAGUGGUAACAAGAUUUCCAGCCUUCUUUCUUGUGGUCAAAAAGUGCUUAUGCCAACAGUUCCUAUUUUCCCUAAAAGUAAAAAAAUGUUGUUAAGGAGACAGUCAUUGCAAACAGAACAAAUUAAGCAGUUAGUAAAUUUUUAA